UACUGAUAGUGAGAAGUCGCGUCACUUUGCCGGAGUUACAAAUAUGAGUGUGAAGUGUCAAAUAUUACUGAGUGAUACAAAAGAUGGUGUGUUUAGAGCCGGGUUACCAAUAUCUGGUACACUACAUUAUUCUUUAGAAACAGCGACCAAGUACGAUAGUAUAGAUAUUUAUUUAAUCGGCAAAGGAUGGUGCCGCUGGACAGAAAAGGACUGCGAUAGCGUGCACUUCUUCCACAACAAAGAAGACCUCGUAUCACUUACUAAAAAUAUAUUCAAAGCCAAGCUAGGCGAUGAAACAGUUCAAGCAGGAAAGUAUGAAUAUCCAUUCAAAUUCUUACUACCAGAAGAUCUGCCAUCAUCAUUUAAGAAUAAAACCUGCAUAAUAAUGUAUAAAGUUAUCACUAAGUUCGUAGAACCAGGUUCAUUGAACGUUACAGAUAAGUUUGAUGUGGAAGUACCAGUGCGAGGCUAUGUAAGCCCGUGCUCCCCGGAGCGGCUAGUAUUUGGAUUGAAGAAAUAUCUUUUUUCUUUCACAUCGAAAAAUCAAGUUACUGUUAAAGCGAUUAUAGAUAAAACCUUUUUACAACCAGGAGAAAACAUUACCCUAAAGCUUACAAUAAACAAUGACUCGGAUGUGCCAGUAAAUAUCUUGACCGAACUUUGUGCAUCAUUUACAUACACAUCUUGUAAAGAGAAGAGACAUAUACGAAAAUUUUCAAGAGAAUCAGUGAAAUCUACUGCUGGAGUUUCUCCGACUUUAAAAGAAAAGAGUGUGUCAAGUUUAACGUGUGUAGUACCAACUUGGACGAGUUAUACUAUACAAAAUUCUAAUAUACUUAAAAGAGAAUACUUUGUAACAGUUACUGCUAGAUUUCCAUUUCCACAUUUUAAUGAGUAUGUGAGAAUACCAGUAGUGAUUGGAGAGAAGAAAGAAGAUUAUAAAGCUGCAAUCGAAAGUAGUAAGGAUGAUGAACCUGUGAUAGAAGUCUUAAGUAAAUGUGAUAAAUAUAACGACCAAAACGUUGCCACACAUUUUGGGGAACCAAUAAACAACUGGACUUUGAAGUCACACAUGUGUUGAAAGAAGCUGUCGUGAACUGUAUUAAUGCCUAAGUGCUUGGCGUUUUUUUGUGAAUCUCAGACAGGUUAAAGACUGUGACUAAAUAUUCGGAACGUGUUGUAAAAAUCUGAAAUAUAUGUUAGGUGCAGUUUAUCUAUGGGUUUUCAUUUAUUGAUUUUGAUAACUAUGAAAUACUUUCUAGAAAUACUCACUAGAAGUGGAAAAGUCGCUAGUUUAUGUGGAGACUAACACAAGAUGUUUCCUUAUACGUGUAUUAAAUAUAUACUUAUCAACUAUGUGAGUAUGCAUGCACUUCAUCAGCAAUUAUUACUUGUUAAACUGUAAUAGUAAAGAUGAAAUUAUUUCUAGCAGUUUUAGAUCAUAUAUGUUAUCACAAAUCUAUGAUUGCACACCUAAACUAUUUAAGACUAUAACAAUCAUUUGGGUUAUAGUUUUGGAAUCUGGAUAAAGAUACUAAUUCAGGAUAAAAAAAACAACAUUUUUGUCGGAUAUAAAACAUUUUUAUUAGGGUCACAUCAAUAGUUUGAAUUACAUGCACGACAUAAUAGAAAUUAGGACAAUAUUUGGCAGGACUUUCCCAAAAAUACUAUACGAAGCAGCAUCUUGCUUCGUGGAUAGGAAUCCGAUCCAAGCAUUGAUUGAGACUUGAUAAUUUGGCAGGUUAUAGUUUAUUUUAUUUUGACUUUUUUUCCUUCUAUAGACUCCAUCUCAACCUUUGUAUGUCCAAUAUUAGAUACAUAAGUGAAGAAUCAGUCGGCCGCAGUGACGUCGUGCAUGGACAAAAUAUUAUCAACUUAAGUUUAAGUGUCUCCAUUUUCUAUCAUCAUAUCACUUGAACCAUCAACGUAUUAUGCUAGUCAUGAGUCAUCGGAUCCGCCAGUUGGUGGAGCGAAAUGAUUAUUAGUCGUGUUUUCGCGCUCCUCGUAUGCACUUGUUUACAACCAUGAGUCCCAAGUGUCAGAUAAUUAUAAACAGUACAAGAGAAGGACAUUUUAAAGCCGGACAAUGUGUGACAGGAACAGUGAAGUUUGCUAUAUAUAAGCCGAAGCGGUACGACAGUAUUGAUAUCUCAUUCAUGGGCGGUGGAAAGUGCAAUUGGUGCAAAACAGACGGGGAUGGUGAAAAAAUGUACAUCAGCAACGAGGAGGAGUAUGUCUCCAUCAACAAGAAUUUAUUUAAACCAGUUGGAGACCAGAUGGUGGAGCCUGGAGAUUAUGAAUACCCAUUUGAGUUUUUACUCCCAAACGAUAUACCAUCAUCAGUUAAGACUGACUUUUGUAACAUACGCUACGCAAUUUUCGUGAAAUUUGCAAGAAAGAGAACUUUUAAUUCUGGAGGUGAAUAUGAGCUUGAAGUGCCUGUUCAUGGAUAUGUGAUGCCAUGCAGUCCAGAGCCACUAAUCUUCGGAGUCGAGAAAAAAUUACUUUCCUUAAAUCCAAACAAUAAAAUCACAGUAAAAGGAGAGAUAGACAGAACAUGUUUAAAACCAGGCGAUAGCAUUCAUCUGAAGAUGACGGUGACGAAUGACUCAAAUGUCGCCAUUUCUAUCAAAAGUGAGUUCGUUUAUUAUAACAGCUAUAUAUCAAGCGGGAGGUCUUCCUCUUUAAACAUUGAAAAAGGGAGUAUACCAGGGACCGAAGAAACUUCUCCUACUAUAAGGGAAAAUAGUGUGUUAGAACUAGAGAGAACUAUACCAAUACUUGAUACGUUAUACUCAAUACAAAAUUCGAAGAUAAUGGUUGGAGAAUUUAAAGUUAAAGUGACAAUUCAAGUACCUUUUCCUCAUGUUAAUGCUGAUGUACAAGUUCCAGUGGUGAUUGGAUGGAGAAAAGAAGAACAUGAUAUGCCACCUUCAUAUUCAGAAGUUAUGGCAGAAAAUAAUUAGAA